AUGAAGAAUAGGUUUUUUUUUGUUUUAUCCCUUUUUUUAUAUGUAACCAUAUUAGAUAUCACGUUGACAUCUCUUAUUCAAAAAAAUAUAUUGAAAGAGAACGUUGACAAAGAAUAUAUGAACGCUUUUCUUUUCAUUAAUAAUUCACAAAAAUAUUGUGAAAAGGACAACAUAAUCUUAGCAUACAAUAGUGACAAAUUAUAUAAUUUAAAUAACGUUCUUAACUUUUGUGAAUCAAAAAAGAAUUGUGAUUUUAUAUCUUAUACACCCAAACGAAUAUUAAGAAAUUCUAUAUAUUAUAAAGAUGAAGAACCCUUAAAAAAUACGGGAGCUAAUUGGAUUUGUAAAGGAGAUACUUGGAUAUAUUCUCGUCAAAAAAAAGAUUGGAUUAUAGCUAUUAAGGAUGAACAUAUAAGAAAUCAAAUGAAAAACUUCGACAAUAUUUUCCUCAACAUGACGGGUGAAUGUCAUAAGGAAAAUAUAAUAAUGAAAAUUACAAAAUAUAUUACUCCCAAAGAAGCAGCACAUGAAUGCAAAAGAAUUAUAAACUGUAAAUUUAUCAUAUUAAAUUAUAAAAAAAAGCUAGGUUCAAAAUCACUGAAUGAUGAUAAAGCUAUCUUUUGUUCUCACACACCAAUAAAUAGAAUAAGUAAACUCGGUUCCAUGAUAGCUG